AGGUCCUUGUUGUUGCCCUUAAGCAGCGGUGGAAAGGUUGCCGGAUGAAAAUCAUCUAAUGGUGCCGGUUCUUCCUUUGUGUGCAUGACCUGUUGCAUCCAUAGCUGGGCAAACUGGGCAUAAUAAGCCCUCAGCGCAUGUCUGACCUGGCACGAUUUUGAAGCACGUUGAAUGGGUGCAGCACUCUCUUGAUGGACUGGAUUGUUGGGAAGACAAAGACAUAAUGAAGUUUAAUUGGAGGAGCGAUCCUAUAUGAUCCUGUCAUGUUUUUUUGCUAAUGAACUAAAUCUUCUAAAUGGGCAGGAUUUCCACACGAAAUGACUUGGGUUUUUACUAGUGUCCAAACAUGUUUAACCGAAAGCAUGGUUGAGUGAUACUGCGCAGCUGUUUCGCCAACCUGGAUCAAGCAGCGCCUUGCAGUGUUGACAGUUGCAAAUUGUAGCAGUUCACAAUUCGGCAGAAUCAUCCCAAGGUUGAUGUCCUGGCAACAGAGGGGCAUGCUUUUGGCUUGUAGAAGGCUCGCCUUUCAGCAUGCCAAAGUUUGUGGCCAUGCAUCUCAACGGGCUGCCGUCCCAGGCGGCUUGAGAGCGGCGUUGCAUGUGGAAACCAAGUCAUGUGCUGCUGGUUGGCCCCUCUCUACAUCCCUUUGUUUCUUUCACAAGCGUAACAGCGCCCAUGAUGCCUUUUCACUCCCACAGCAGGCUUGCGUGUUCAUAGCGCUGCUGCCAAAAGGGGUCAUGUGGUAGUGAACACAACAGAGCGCUUGGUUGUUGAACCAACAGAGGAGGAGAAGUGGCUUGCUUAAAGUCGCAGGUGACAGCAAGGAAGGACAUUGGCAGAAGCUGUUUGACGAGUAUUCGGGGUCUAGUCCAAUUGUGCUCAAUGCUGCGAUGCACGCAGCUCUGAAAAAGAGGGACUACGAGGAAGGCCUCAAAAUCUACAAAAGGGUCAGACACAUGACAUUGCCGACGUAUACAAUCUCCAUGAAGCUCCUUGGGAAGCUUGGGCAACAUGAUGAAGUCGAACGACGCUGGAGACAGUUGGUUGAGUACGACCUGGUUGACCAACCUGCAGCUGGAGGACGCAUUGAUGCAGCGGCAGACAAUGGAGACAUUCAAGCAGCUGUACGGGUUCUUGACUACAUGAAGGAAAAAUGUAUUGAAGCAACCACACUGCACUUUUCAUCAGCAAUCAACGCUUGUGCCAACAGCCAAGAUUCAAAUCGAGCCAAAGCAGCUCAAGGGUUUUUUGAUGAGAUGUUGCGGACUGGUUUGAAGCCGAAUAUUGUGACAUAUGCAAACGUGCUUCGUGCGUUCCGACAAGAACCAAGGCAACGUUUGCUGAAUCUGCUGGUGCAUAUGAAAGAACAGCAUGUGGAAGCAAACGUAGUGUUUGCGGAGACGUUUCUUUUCAUUUUCCUCCGGUCACCUCACAAAGGGGGCUGGACCAAUGUGGAUGUCAUUGCUUCACAUCUUCGGAAAUUGUCCCAGGCCGAUCUAGAGGCUGCAAAGGGCUUUAUUGAUGAGCUCAAGGGCACAAAGGUCGAAUUGAACAAGUCCUGCAGGCUGAUCGCGGCCGCUGUUCGACUUGUCCUGCACGAAGCCCGCAGUGUUGUGGGUCGUAGACGUCACGCAGAAGAGGCCGCGGAGAAGAGAUCUUGAAUCUUCUUCAGCGCAUGCCCAGUCAGGAUUUCAUCCAAUUACGAAAAAAGCAGCGCGUGCAGAUUGAGGCUGUGUAGGUGACAACGAACGUGCACGAACGUGCACGUAAGGUGCCCACAGGUCUCCAAGGUGCCCACUGGUCUCAGGUCCCAAAGUCUUACUGUUCCACUUAUUUGACUCUUGUGUUUGCCAGGUCCUUGGAAGGGCAUGUGC